CCGAACCCGCAGACCGACCGCCUCGCUAUCUGGCCUGGCAUGGAGACGGCGAACAAGGGUCUCGUUCAGAGUAUCAUCGUUUCGUUCGCGGACCCUGCUAGUGCACUGGAAUGCGUGGAGCAGUGGAUUGAUGUGCGGGAAACUAAUUGCGGUGGCCAGGCUGGCCAGUGGUGUGUCUUUGCGGGUUUCAACGACGGGAACACGAAUGCCCAGACCGCCGGAGCUUACGUCCCCGUGAUCGAGGGCGACAUGCUGGACAUGGACUUCAACUACGACGACUCGACGGGCACGACGGUGCAGAACGUGUACAGAGAUGGUCAGCUGCUGUCCACGUUCACGAGUACCUCGGGCAGGCCGUAUGCCUGGAAUAUCGCGGUUGAAUGUCAGGACAACGUCAGUGGGAACAUGCCCGCUCACACGUACCGCAGCACACAGAUCGUGCUUGGCGCGGCAGACCCAGACUGGGGCAGCACGCUGUACAAGGCUGGCACAAGCGACUCGAGCUUGUCGACGCCCGACGGGGGGUUGACGUGGGUCGUUGAUACGGUCAACGUGGACUCGUAUCCCUGUACCCCGCAGUAA